AAUUCAUUUAUUACACAACAAUACACAAUAGUUCUGCCACACCUAUUUUUCGAUAGGAGAACUACGUACCAUCACUGGAAUCUAUCCAACUGCUGAACGUAGUUCUCAACACCAUAGUCACCAACCUAGAGGUUUAUUACUCCAGGCUCUAGUGAUCACAUUGCGUCGUUUUUGGAAUAAAAACUUGACGCCGUUUAUAUUGAAUCUAUAACAAAAAUCUGCAGCGGAAACUCAUUACAAGAUGAAUGCUUUUGGAAAGGUAACCAAAUUAGUCGUGGCUUCAUUGACUGUUGCCACCUACGUCGCUGCCUCCAAUGUUGAAGCCCCAAUGAAACCCGUUUGCUCUGCUUCCGUUCCAUCCACUACUCCAGUUAAGGAGGGUGCGAAGACGGAGAGCAACUUGAAGGGGGCAGUAGUUGGCAAUCGCGGAAUUGACAAAUUAGUGGACUAUGACGGACUUGUUGAUCGUUACGGUAAGGUUGUUGAUAGGAUCGCAUCAUACGUUAAGGGGAAAAACUUAGGUGCGCCAUAUUCUGACAUGGUUGAUUUAUUGACGAACACUGACAAUAUCAGAUUACCACACGCGUUGGCCGUUGAACUUAGCACUUUGCCACAUGGGCCAAUUCCCAGCGAUUUGAUUUCAAGGUUGGCUAAAUUUAUUGGAACCGACGUUUGCACAUUAUUGAAUAAAUCUGGCAAAUACAAAGAUGGCUCAAGCUGCGCAUGGUAUUCUCUUAUGUUUUGGGAUAUGAAAUGCAACAACAUGAAAUCAUUUGUAAGCGAAGCAUUGAAAUCACCUUCAGUCCUUGAAGUUUGAAUGAAAUUUAUAUUAAAUGAAUGUAGUUUUUAAUGCGGAUUUUCUGAAAAUUGAAAGACAGCAAGUAUUGGAAAUAAUAUACACAUUGUAACAUUACAUUCCACAUGAAUUUCGUAUGGAAUCGAUUUACAGCGCACCGGGAUCAUGUUAAUGUAAUAUAUACUACGACAAUAUGACGACCUAUAAAAAUUGGACUAUGAUAUGGUAACAAAACGCGAUUUUCGAUACCAAGUGUGUAGUCAAAUAUGUUGAACUUUUAUAUAUUCAGGCAGUAACCGUUAAUGUGUGGAACCAACAAAAAUAGAAUCGCAUUGACCGCACGACAAAGCGUCGAACAAAAGCAGCCUGAGCGUCAAAAUUAUCAAAUGAACAUUUUGCCAUGCCUGCCACCACCGACAACCAUGAUGCUACAUGGAAGGAUUGCUUACAGCACCACGUCAUGACGAUGGAAUCAUAUCCGAAUCGUCAACGACUUCAACGUCAUAAACUAACAGUCGGAUAUUGUAGCACAUACUUUACCGUGCUGGGUCCGCGAUAUAGAAAAUAACUAAGCAUAGAAAAAUGGUUUGGCUGUUAUGUACGCCACCACUGCGUUAUGCGUAUAAUAAAUGAGACCAUGGAGUACAACCGGCUCGUACCCUGCACGCCUGAGCAUACUAUAGGCCUCUCUAGCUUGCGACUUUUGAGUGCAUUAUAAACGGCCGCACAAAUUAUCUUUAAACGUUCAUCACAUGCAUCCCGUUAUCUGGGGACGGUGCUACGUGGUUCUAAA